AUGGGUUCCUCAGCUCCGUCGUUGGACUUCAACGUCCUAGGCGACACAAAGCCAGAUGACAUGGCACUCCCAGCGUUCAUGGUCUCAACGACUCGUGGAUUCCUACCACGGCAAGAACCAAUCGUCAAGCUUCCAGCUGAGUUCGAUGUUCUGGAGUCCAUCCUAUCCCGCAUGCCCAUCAAGACUUUGGAGGGAACACCAGGUCUGCUUGCAACUGCCACACUAGGCGAGACCGUUCUCAAGGAGCUGCCCGAUCUCACCGCCUCUAUCGAGAAGUAUAAGGACAAUCUCCCUCUGAUGAACGCCGUGUACCGUGAUUACUCCUUCCUGGCGUCCGGCUAUCUGCUCGAACCAUGCCACGAGAGGUUUAUGAAGGGAGAGAGUUACGGCCUUGGCCGUCAGACUCUCCCAUCAGUCAUCGCAUUACCCAUAUCCCGAUGUGCUGAGCUGCAAGUUACCCAUUUAUAUAGAUGUAGUAUUGUGGCUAAUAAUGUGUCGAAAUAUAGAGCUGGUUUCAAACCCUUCAUGGAGUACGCUGGGUCGUACGCACUCUUCAACUAUCGCCUUGAGGACCCAAGUCGUGGUCUUGACUACGAUAAUCUUCGUCUCAUCCGUGCAUUUGAGCACGGGCUCGAUCACAAAUCCUCCGAGGCAGGUUUUGUUCUCGUGCACGUCGAUAUGGUACAAAACUCCGGUCCACUCAUCGAUGGUGUGAUGUCCGCCCUCGAUUCAUGUGAAGCCCAUGACCGAGAUGCCUUCAACAUUGGCAUGGAGAAAGUCGUGACUAGUAUGAAGAAGGUAAACUCAGUAAUGGAGAGUAUGUGGGCAAAGAGCAAACCUGGAGAUUAUACCUCUUUCCGCACAUUUAUAUUCGGGAUUACUAGCCAAUCUAUGUUCCCGCAUGGUGUUGUCUAUGAAGGUGUCUCCGAGGAACCUUUGUCGUUUCGCGGCGAGUCAGGGGCAAAUGACAGCAUGAUUCCCCUCUGUGAUAAUUUACUUGAGAUUACCAUGCCUGACACACCUCUAACCAGCAUCUUACAAGAUUUCCGAUCCUACCGCCCCGGCAACCACCGUGAGUUCCUAGAGUAUGUCAAAGCUCGCUCCGGCCAUCUCUCUCUGAAAUCAUACGCCUUUCAAGACACUAGAUCAGCUGCGCUCUAUCUUCUUGCGUUGAACCAGGUCCGCGAUUUCAGAUGGCGACAUUGGUGUUUCACACGUGAGUAUAUCUUGAAAAAGACAGCUCAUCCUACUGCGACCGGUGGGAGCCCUAUAGUCACCUGGUUACCGAAUCAGCUGCAGGCUGUCAUACAGGGCAUGGUGGAUGUGUGGGAGGCGAAUGGGACGAAGUUAGGGAAGGAGUGUGCGGCCGUUAUGGAUAUGGUGUUUGUGCAGAAAGAGACGUUGACGAAGGAGGUGGAGAAGUAUUGCAAGGAGAGGAAUGCUGAUGUACAAUAA